GGAAAGGAAUAAGGAUGGGGAGGGUGAGGGACAGCGAGGGAGAGAGGGAGUGGACGGCUAAAGACGAAAGGAGGGCGAAAGGCAGAGAGAAGAAAAGACACAACUUGUGACUUGACAAAAGAGGGCAGGUACCAAAGGCAGGAGGAUGAAGGCCCCCACAGGACUCUUCUCUGCCUUGGUGCUGCUCCUUCUAAUCGGAGCGGUGCUAACCCAGAGGCCUCGGCCAAGGAAGCCCACCAGGCGCCCUACGACCCCCAGGAUGCCCUCCGUCCCCCAGCCCGAGCCACAGGAGCCAACAGACAUCCCCCCGCUCAUCCUCGGCCCGCCUUCCCCUUACCCCGACUGCCCCAGGGAGUGUUUAUGCUCCCCAAGCUAUCCCAACUCUCUUAACUGCGAGAACCGGAACAUCCGUGUGAUCCCCGUCAUCCCGUUCAGAACCCACUAUCUGUACCUUCAAAAUAACUACAUCUCAGAGGUGGUGGCGGAAGCUUUCGUUAAUGCCACAGAGAUCCGUUGGAUCAACCUGGCAAACAAUCGUAUUCACCGAAUAGACAAACAGGUGUUCCAGAAAAUACCUGCGCUGUUGUACCUCUAUGCCCAACAAAACCAGCUCAAAGAGGUGCCCUCCGGCCUCCCAGCAAGUUUGGAACAGCUCCGUCUCAGUAAGAAUCGUAUUUCCAAAAUACCUGCAGGUGCCCUCAGUAAGAUGGGAAACCUGACCCUACUUGACCUCUACCACAACCAGUUGAGCGACAAUGACCUGGGCAGAAACACUUUCAAGGAUUUGUCCAGCCUGAUGCAACUCAAUUUGGCUCACAAUGUGCUAAAAAAGAUGCCCGCUGGCGUACCCAACGGCCUCGUGCAACUAUUCCUCGACAAAAACCGUAUCGAGGACAUCCCAAAAGACUACUUCCAAGGCUUCUCUCACCUGGCCUUUGUGAGGCUCAACUACAACCACCUGAGUGACAAAGGUGUCCCCACUGCCGUGUUCAACAUCUCCAGCUUGCUGGACCUGCAGCUCGCUCACAACCGACUGGCUUCCAUUCCUCUCUUCAGCGCUCACCUGGAGCAUCUGCACCUCAAUCACAACACCAUUGAGAGCAUCAACGGCACUCUAAUUUGCCCACGCAGCCUGCAGGUCGACACGAGUGAUCCCAGCCAGAUCCCGAGGCUAAGGUACCUGCGCUUGGAUGGAAAUCAACUCAGCCCUCCCAUACCGCUGGAUGUCAUCAUGUGUUUUAGACACCUCCACUCCAUCGUUAUUUAGGGAAACAACCUUGACGCAAGGAGGCGUGCACCGCUGUUACUCCAGGCGCUCCACACGUGCGUGCGCUUUGUGAAACUGUCUAUGACGUAGUACUGCAAGGUUCCCCAAAUUGCAUUAACCUUCCAGGUAGAUAUCCACAUAAGGAGUUGCCUAAUAAUAUUAUGACAAACUUUACUGUUUAUAUAAAUGCAUCAGUGCUUAUUGUAUUGUGUUGUUGUUUGAAGAAAAAAAAUCAAGACAAAUGCUUGAAAAGCCUGAGAAUACAAGCGCAUUGAUGGACACACUUCACAUAUGUAGUUAGUAUGUUCAUAAGUAGAGCGGGAAAAAAUAACAUUAAACGUUAACUACUGUGUAGUUGGAAGUGUCCUAAAUGUGCAUGCAUUUUUCACGUUAUUCCAAGUAAAAUGUCAUUAUAUUCCUUUUUCCUUGUGUAAAGCUUUGUACAAAUAAUAAUUCAAUGAAUAAACAUUGUAUUGUACCUUCUUUUAUUUAGAAUUAUUGAUAGAAGCAUUGGAAUAUUUUGUGAGUUUUGAAAUGUGUGAAUAAAUUGGAUUUAAAGAUU